AUGCUUGCCACUGAUUGUGCAAAGCCUAGUGAUCUUUUCGAUUUUCAGGGUAUUCGAAAACGUAUUAUUCUUGCUCCAGAUUAUUCUUCGAAUGAUGAACGAUUAAAAAAAUUGACAAGUGAAGAAAAAGCGUUGACUGAAUAUGAUGAAUUAGAUUUAAUUGAUGAAGAAUUUGAAUCCUAUGUUCAUCCAAUAGUUGGACAAACUCAAUGGAUUUCUAAUCGACAAUAUGAACGAAAUGAAAUCAAUCGUCUUGGAGAUAUUCUCGAUUUUUAUAAUCAUAAACCACGAUUAAAUGCUUUUGAACAACGUUUUAUGAAACGAAUGGGACGUCAAGAUCGUGCAGUUCAAACAGAUGAUGAAAUAGAAAAAAUAUCAAAAUUAAAUAAAAAUCGAAAAGGUGUACCAGUUAUUCGUCUGCCUCCACCAGCAGCCAUGGAAACUAUUGAAGAAUUUCUAACUGAAAAUCGUUGGCGUUUAUUAGAAUUAUUUCGUACACUUGAUAUGAAAAAAUCUUGGAAUAUUGUUAAAGAAGAUUUUAUGCGUUUAGUUGCAAAGGAGAAACUUCAUAUGACAGAAGCUGAAGCAGAAGAACUUAUGAGAUGUUUUUGUGAAGAAGUUUAUAUACCGAUGGAUUAUAAAAAAUUUGCUCGUGGAAGAUCUUUAUAUAAAAAAAGUCUUCGAGAAGGUACAGAGAAUUCUUCAAAUGUAUCAGAUAUUCAUAUUGAAUCAGAUACAUCAACAACAGUACCAUCUUCACUGCAUCUGCAAUUACCACCAACGAAUACAUCACAUCAUUAUCCAGUGCAAGAUACAACUUCAUCAUAUGUUCGAUCAACCAAAGCAUCAUUUGCAAAAUAUAAACCAAAAAUCAAUGUUAAUAUAAGAAAUCAAAAAUAA